AUGGAGGUCGACAAGAGUGGGGGCAGCCGGCGUGGGGAAGUCUACCUGCGACAGAUGUCCAUUGUUGACCCGUUCCUGUAUGUUCUGUGUGACGCAGCAAUUGUGCAGCUCAAUUACUUGGAGGACUGCUUGCAAGAGUUCUUCCCAGUGCAGCUCUUCUCUUCCCUCCUCGACGCCACCUGGCCAGGCUUUAGUGGCAAGGCCUUGCCAACGUGGGCCACAGGAGCACCCCUGCUUGUCUUCUCCUUCUGUCAGUUCUGCGAGCUCCAGCAGACAGCGGACAAAGAGAUCCAGGUGGGAGUGGCCAAAAUCGAGGAGACUGAGGGCAUCCUCGGCUCCUGGAAGUCCACGGUGAAGACCAAAACCCAGGUGCAGGAACAUCGCUGGAACUGGACAACCACCUGGCGUCUCGACAUGACCUCGGAGGGAGCCAGGGAGCGUCUCACUUUGCUGAGUGGUUCGCGAGGCACAACGCUGGAGACCGUGACGACCCCUCCUGCGGAGCCACAUCAGCCCCGCCCGACCGCGGAGUGUGCACCAACGCUUGAGCUCGACAUGACCUGGUUGGCUCGCAGGCUCCGAAAUGGGACGGUUGACUUUGCCGUGAACCGCACCGCCCCGGACUGCCACACUCCUGCUCGGAAUCAAGACAUACAGGCAGCCUUGAGAUUCUUCAACAACGCGCACACCUUCGGAGAGAAAGCUGCAAACACCUUGCUGUCAGAGCUAGGCACGCUUCUGAGCCAAGAUCCAGGUGACGUGUUCCAGCCCGUGUCGGCUCUGUUCGCCUUGGAGGGCUCCGGCUCUUCAGAGGCUUCGCGCCCAGUUCUAGCAGCAGACAUGGAUGUGGUCCUGGCCUGGCACCGGCGGAGCCUGCUGGCCCACCGCGAGGGCCAGCACCAGCGCCUGGAAAGGACUGCAGCCGGCAGCGACGACAAGCUGGAUCGGUCAUUGGUUAGCCUUCUCAUCGUUGUACAGGAGAUGGCGAGUCUGGCAAGACAGAUGACGUCUGCUAUCAGGGAGCUGGAGCGCAUGCUUUACGACCAGCUCACAGCAGCAAUCGGGAAGAAGCUGCUGCCCAUCGACUUCGGCGAGUACAUGGAGUUCCACGGGCGCGAGCUUUUGCGCGAGGAGUACCAGACGAGUUCUUUCGUAUUUGCCGUGCGACGUGCGCAACAUCAUCCGGAGGGAACUGUCAGCAUCGAGGCGCCUGGAAGGCACUCUCACCAGGCGAUUUCCACCUUUAGCCUACACCGUGCCGAGGCCCCGGCCAUGCGAAUGCAGCUGAGCUCUGCAGCCACAAUUUCGCUUACAGGCGAGCACUUUGUCCACGCUGCCGUCUUUCAUCGCUUUGCCAGGCACGGGCAGCAGGACCUGCGACUUGUGGCGCGGGCGCGGCAGCUGAGCUGCUUUGUUCUGCUUGUUGGAAAGAUCAUCUCAUCGGACACAUUCAAGCCAACAGCUGCGCUCAUCAUCCAGAACAAAGACGAUUUGGUCAUCCCACUUCUUCUGGAAACCGUUCCUUCACCGAAGGAAUUCCUCGACUCGAUCCAGUCCCUGUCGCCGGAGCAGCAGCGCUUCGCCAAAGCGUUCCGCAAGAUGCAGCUCUCCAGUUCCCUCUUCGCCCUGGCAAUUGUCCAGAUCAAGCCGGCGCUGGAGAAAGUGCUCAACCUUCCUGAGAACUCUCUGACGAAGGAGAUACAACUCACUCAAGACCUGAUCGAGCUCUUCGUCCGCUACCAGGUGGCUCCAGACCUGAUGUCCUACGAGCCCUGGUCCUCCCUGGCUGGAUUGGCCGAGAAGGCCGCGCGGGUCGGCGCUGCGGAGAAGCUGGGCGUGGUCAAGGCUCAUGUGAAGUCGCUCUGGGAGACCAUUGCGGCAUCGAAGCAGAAGCAGCUGCAGGAGAAAGAGGAGGAGACAAAGAUGUACAAGAUGGAAUCGUGCGGCGCAGAAGGCUGCAGCUCGUACGCAGGCAGGCCACAAGCUUCAACCGAAGCAGUCGACGCACAAUGGUCAAACUACAGGGAGGAGCCGAAGGACGUGCCGUCCAUGCGGUUUGCGAAGCACGACGGAGGACGUCAAGAGCUGGGAGAGACCGUGAUGUACAUGUCCGCGAUGCCCAAGUCGGGCAAGAUCCAAAAGGCUGUUGGGCCUAUGUUGCAGACUGCCUCUGCGCAGGAGGACCCCCGAUCGCCGCCAGCCUCUCCUCCACAAGCGCCGCAACCUUCUCCUCCACAAGCGCCGCCAUCCUCGUCUUCACAAGGGCCAGCAGCUGCGCAGGCAGACUCCUCCGGAACUGUGGACUACACUGCCUUGCCACACCGGCUGGACGCAAACUACCUGAAGUUCGACACCGAUGCCGUGUUGCGCCCAACCAACAUUGAUGUGGCCACGGUGUGGACGAAGCAGGAGCAGCCAGGACUGCUUGGCGAACCCCGGACUCGACAGCUUCGCGCAGCGGACCAGCGCGAAGAGACCAACAAGGCUUUCGACCUUCUGGAUGCGCUGAGCCGCUCCGGUGCUGAGGCCCUGGAGUCUUCCUUGCACAUCCUCGUCGCUGCCACGCACUGCUUCGAUGAGACCAUCCUCAACACCUUGGUGCAGCAGCCUCUUGGGCUCAUGACCGCACCGCUCUUGCAACUCGUGAACCCCGCAGAGGCAGACCGCGUGCGCCACUCGGCUGGUUCCUUGCGGCAGGGACCUCACAUCGCGCAGCGUGUCACGCUGCGCAGACCUGGCGUGACCAGCCACGGGGCGGAGCAGUGUACAGUCAAGGUCAGCUCGCAUGCGAUGGAAAUGAAGCACUCGUGA